AUGUUUAUCCAUAUUUAUCAGUUUCAGGGUCAAAAUGCUGAUACUCUAAAGACCACGCUAAAUCUUUCCAACACAGUAAUGAUACAUUUCAUAUUGCUUUUCAGUCGACAGGGGAAAUUACGGCUGCAGAAAUGGUACACGACUCUCCCUGACAAAGAGAGGAAAAAGAUCACCCGGGAAAUUGUCCAGAUUGUUCUCUCUCGUGGUCAGAGGACAAGCAGUUUUGUUGACUGGAAGGAACUAAAACUUGUUUAUAAAAGGUAUGCUAGUUUAUAUUUUUGCUGCGCAGUCGAAAAUCAGGACAAUGAGCUCUUGACGCUAGAGAUUGUGCAUCGUUACGUGGAGCUGCUGGACAAAUACUUUGGAAACGUCUGCGAGCUGGAUAUUAUCUUUAAUUUCGAAAAGGCUUAUUUUAUCCUCGACGAGUUUAUAAUGGGUGGAGAAAUUCAGGAAACGUCCAAGAAAUCUGCUGUCAAAGCCAUUGAAGAUUCUGAUAUGUUACAGGAGACGAUGGAAGAAUAUAUGAGCAAGCCUACAUUUUAA